GUUAAGUGUUCUCUUUGGUACGGGCUGGCGAAUGUGACAUAACGUGAUAACCUAAAAUUUAUACAUUUCCCCAGAAAAAUAUCAAAUAAAAAUAAUUAAACGAUUCCAACAAAUACAUUAUUGAUGCAAUAACUAAUUUAAUUAAAAAUGUCAUCGCUAUUACGGUCAACGAAGUUUAUUCGGUAUUUUACUGGUGCAGCAAGAACUUUAAUUUUAAACUCGGCGAAAACUGCUGAAGUGAAUUUACUUGUAAAUUCUAAAGCAUUAAGUGCAAGUAAUAGUCUCUUGCUGAGAGAUUAUGCGACUUCUAAGAAGAAGGAGAAUCUUGAACCUUUACUACAAAGGUUAGACUCGGAUGUGCGAAGAUUUGGAAGGAUCACAAAGAAAGAUAUAGAUGAAGUAUUUGAUGAGGUUAUUUCAAAAAGCGACAUCACCAGUUCACAAUCAUUGCUAGUUAUCAGAUGUUGUGGUGAAUUAGUACCAGAAGAACUUCCCGAACAAAGAACACUUUUGGUACAGAAAAUAUGGAGUGUGUUAACAGAAAGAGGCAUCCCAAUGGACAUAUCUCAUUACAAUGCUUUACUAAGGGUUUAUAUUGAGAAUGAACAUCCAUUUUCACCGGCUAAAAUACUUGAAGAACUAGAAAAUAAAGGGUUGCAACCAAAUAGAGUAACUUAUCAACGACUUAUGUGGCGUUAUUGCCAAGAAGGAGAUGUAGACGGGGCUACCAAAGUUCUAGAAAAAAUGAGGGAACUCAAUCUCCCAGUAUCAGAACCAGUAUUAAAUGCCUUAGUUAUGGGACAUUCAUUCCACGGUGACACGGAUGGUGCUAAAGCGGUGUUAGAAACAAUGGCCGCUGCAGGAUUACAACCAACCAAUCGAACAUACACAUUACUUGCUUGUGGAUUUGCAAGAAAAGGGGAUAUACAGAGUGUUAAAGAAGUUGUCAAUACAGCAACUGCAAAGGAUGUCUUUAUGUGUGAUAAGGAUAUUUUAGAUAUAAUUGAACAUUUAGCUGUUGGUGGUCAUAAUGACAAAAUUGAGGAACUCUUUCCUCAUCUUCAAAAGAGUCAGGGAUACAACCAGGAUGUAUGCAAUCUUGUGUUGAGAUUAUUAAACAAGGGACAUGAAGAUUCCGCUAAGAAAAUGAUAAAAACAAUGCCUAAAGUACAAACGACCGAAGAUACACCAUACAAAUGUGCAUUCUUUGUAAAACAUUUAGUGAAACUUAACAAUUCUCCGGACAAUGUUGUAAAGUCAUGCAGAGCUCUCCAAGAAGAAGGUUUGGCGCCAAAAGCACUAUAUAUCGCAGCAGAGACAGCCUUCCAAUUAAAGAAACCUGAAUUAGCUCAGAAACUAUUAAAAGAGUUGCAGAAAGAUGGAUAUGAGUUACGUCAACAUUACUUUUGGCCUAUUCUUGCACAAAAAGGCAAAGAAGGUGAUGAGGAAGGUCUCUUACAAGUGCUUAAAGAUAUGGCGAGAGAGGAUUUGAUUCCGACCGGUGAAGCUCUCAGAGAUUAUGUUAUUCCCUACCUCAUUGGUAAGGAUACUCCCGAAAAUAUCAUUCUUAAGUUGCAAAUUUCAAAUGUACCUCCUGCUUUAAGCGCAAGAAAUGUAAUGAUAGAAGUUUUAGAAGCUGGAGAUAUUCAGAAAGCAGCCGAUAUUGCUUUACAGUAUCGUCCUAAAGGGCAGUACACAUUGAUUUCAAGACCGUUGAUUCAUGCUCUAAACAAAACUAAAGAUAUUAAAUCUUUUGUAAAUAUAUUACAUGUUAUAAGCCGUCCCCAACAAACAAAUACAGAAGAUGAUACUAUGAUCGAUGACACACAGAAGGAUGAUGUUAACAAUAGAGAAGUAGGACGUAUUGUGAAGAUAGCGGUGAAGAAUUUGGUGGAUCCCGAAUUAUGUGAACAACUGUUAGAAGCAUUACACUCAAAAGGCCUAACUAUAAGCACAUCCUAUGCUGAAGAAAUAGAACAAUAUUUAGGACAAAAUAUGACUACAAAUAUAUCUGAGUUAUUAUCAAAAUUAACUUCACCAGAUUUGGAAGUCGCCCCUCUCGAAAGUCCGCGUCACACUGGACCAAGGAAUUCCGCGCAAUUAGAACAACUAUUGACUAGAAUUAAAAGUAAAGGUGGAAAUAAUGUUAUUCGCAUACAAAAGCAAUUAUUGGAUACAUAUAUUAAAGAAAAUAAUGUCGAAAAAUUGGAUAGUUUCCUGGAGGAAUUGAAACCGACAAGUUUCGAACUAACAAUACCAACGCUCGCACAAUUAUUUGAAUUCUAUGCAGUGAAUGAUAAAAUUGAUAAAGCUAGAGAAAUUAAAGAUCAGAUUACCGCAAAAGAUCCUGAAUUUAAACUGAACAAAUAUAAAAUUGUGCAAUUUGCAAAUGCUUUAGUGAAAGCCAAUAAAUAUGAGGAAGCUGUACAAUUUUUAAAUGACAGCAAACAAACAGAUGAGGAUGAACUCUCAGGGUUUAUGUUAAAUUCUAAAUGCUGGCAAAUGUUAAACACAUUGGCUGAGCAAAAGGAUGUUUCUAAGGUGAAAGACAUGACAAAAUUAUUGAUUGAAAACAAUUACAUUGAGCCAUCAAAUGUCAUACUAGGACCGUCAAUUAAAGUGCAUUUAAUACAGAAUGAUAUGGAAGGUGCAUUAAAUGAGUUUGAACAGUGUUGCAAGCAGUACAGAAGUACUCCAUGGAAAGGGGAGUUGAUGAAAUCUCUUAUACUAGCGGAAGAUGCUACAAAACUACAAUGGCUAGCUGACCUUAGUACUCAGAUUCAUGGAGAAGUGAAUAUUUUGCACGACUUAGUACUCGCAUUCGUGGAGUGCGGUCGCCUGCGACAGGCGCGCAGGAUCCUGGAGACGCCCGGCAUGCACACGCGACAGAAACGCCUGGACGACGCCUGCCAGCGAUAUGUACAGGAAGGCAAAUCAGAAUAUUUAGAAGGAUUACUGGAAGCCACAAAGGAGUUGUCAUACAUUGAUCGCUCCAAUAUCUUCUAUCAUUUACUAGUAACCUACUGCAAAGCAAAUGAAACCGAUAAAGCUCUCGGUCUAUGGACUUUAUUACAAGAAGAAGGUGAAAUCCCAAGCGAACAGUUCCUGAUAUACCUCGGUAAACAUUUGAAAUCCCAGAAAAGAGAUGUACCAUUCAUAAUACCUAAACAUCAGAGUGAUGAGAUACCGGUUGAAAAUACAGUGAAGAAAACCCCACAAGCCACUAAACCUAAAGAAAACAAACAAACCCCACAAGCAACUAAACCUAAAGAAAACAAACAAACCCCACAGUUAACUAAAAAAGAAGUUAGUGCUAAAGUAGAGGCUUUAGUGAAAGAGGGUAAUGCCUCUGCAGCUAUGGAUUACACAAUAAAAAGUAUUCAAAAUGGUGUGCUUCCGCUAGAUAAUGUAACAAAGUUCAUGCUGAAAUCUUUAUCUGAGGAAGGAAAUGUUGAAAAGAUACAAUCUUUGGGCGGUUAUUUGACUAAAGUCAAGAAGCAACAUGUUACCUAUGAUGACAAGUUUACUCUGGCUGUAUUCACAAAAGGUGAUGGUCUACAGCAUGUUGAGACCCUUUAUAAUUCUCUUCAAAUGGCAAAUACUGAUGAACAAAUAGAUGAAAUCAUUCAAAAAUUCCCAAGAACCAAUGCAUUCGCCUUAGCGGUACAAAAUGAGGAAUUAUCACAAAAAUGCCAAAAACUGGUGCAAUUAGCUGCUUCCAAAGGUCAUGUUUUCCCAGCAAACUUAUUAUGGAUGGAGUAUAUUUUAGUGGGUAAAGACAAGGAAGCAGAUUUGAUCUGGAAUCAAGCUUUAAGUUCUGCCAAUGUUGUAGUCUUCCGACGAUUGCUACAGGAAUGUUAUGUCAGAAAAGACACAAAGCCAGUAGAGAAAGUUAUCAGCGCUUUAAAAACUAACAAGAAUUUGCCAUCAGCAACAAUAGCCAAUGCUUAUUCUAGGUUAAUCGAUAUACUAGUAUUAAAUAACAAGACGAAUGAAGCUAAAUCUGCAUACGAAGACGCUUUAAGUUACGGCAUCACAAAGGACGAAAUAAACAAAAAUACUCUUCAAAGGCUUAAUAUUUCCGAUAAUUCUAGCGAUGAAUCUAAAUCGCUGUAAACUUGUAAUUAACAUUAGAUUUCAUCUUUAUUUUCUGCGACAGAAUUUCUCCGUCGUAGCUUUUUCUAUAUUUUCGUCUCGUUCACUCUCUUUAAAUGACAAUUCGGGAGCAAGAGCAAGCCGGAGAUAAACAAAGUAUUCUUUUUAUUUCUUUAUUGAACCUGUGAUUGUAUAAUUUACUCUAAAACCAAAAAUUGCAACCAUUGCUUGCAUUUAUGUUUGUCAUUUUGUAAAACAAAUCAAAAUAAAUAAAGUUGACCUUAAUAAGAUAUUUUCCAAUACAGUGAUUAUGUAAAUUG